UGAUUUCUUUCAGACAGGAUUUCACUCCAUUUAGAACUGUGUCUCGGUUAAGCGAACAUCAUUGCAAUACCUUUGUUUAUUUUUUUUAGAAAAAUAUUCAAUUAAGACUUGAGUCUGGUUUUCAGUAUUUGUAAAAUGCGGUUUCUGUCGUCGCUCGAUGUUCGGAUAAGAGGCGCUACAGACGGAGAAUCGAGAUGGCUGAGAAUACUUUUGGUUGGAUUCGCCUUUGUCAUAACCGUUGCGCACGGGCAGGUCCGUUAUUCUAUUCCCGAGGAGAUGAACAAGGGAUCGGUGGUGGGAAAUAUUGUUCAGGAUCUCGGAUUGGAUGUAAAGAGACUGAAAUCUGGCAGAGCUCGGAUCUUUACGGAGGACAGUCGUGAGUACAUCAGUCUGAAUGUGGACAAAGGCACUCUGAUAGUGAGAGAGAGGAUAGAUAGAGAGGAGCUGUGCGCUCAAGUUUCUCCAUGCUCUCUACAUUUUCAGAUCAUUCUGGAUAAUCCAGUAGAGCUGCAUCGAGUUGAUGUUGAAAUACUGGAUAUCAAUGAUCAUGCUCCUGCUUUUGACAGAAAAGAAAUCAGUUUUGAAAUACAGGAAUUAAUUGCCUCAGGUUCACGGUUUUCUUUAGACAGUGCGCAUGAUCCCGAUGUUGGAGUAAAUACACUGCAGAGAUACACCCUUAAUCCAUCAGAUCAUUUUACUCUGAAAGAAUUAUCACGUAACGAUGGCCGCAAAUAUGUUGAGAUGGUUUUAAAAACAUCUUUAGACAGAGAGAAUCAGGAAGAGCAUAAUUUACUUUUGACAGCAUUUGAUGGUGGAAAUCCUCAGAAAUCUGGAACAGUUAAGAUAACUGUCACUGUUCUUGAUGUGAAUGAUAAUUCUCCUGUGUUCAGUCAGCCAAUAUACCGAGUGUCUUUAUAUGAAAAUAUUUUAAAAGAUAGUUUAGUAGUGACAGUCAGUGCUACUGACAAAGACAAAGGAUCUAAUGGAGAGGUUACAUAUUCUUUUUCACAAAGCAACGAAAAAGAAACUGUGGAAACAUUUAAUAUUGAUUCAGACACCGGGGAUAUAAAACUAAAAGGGGUUCUGGAUUUUGAAAGAUACAAACAAUAUGAACUAAACGUUGAGGCGGUAGAUGAAGGCGGACAAACUGAUACCAGUAAAGUGCUAGUUGAUAUUAUCGAUGUUAAUGAUAAUUCACCAAUCAUCAAUUUAAUCUCGUUUUCUAACACAAUCCCAGAAGAUUCUCUUCCUGACACUCUUGUAGCGAUGCUGAAUAUUAAAGACAUAGACAGUGGAAAGAAUGGACAAAUGAAAUGUUCAGUGAAUUCAGAUCUGCCAUUUCGCAUCAAAGCUACAUCCUCUAAUUUCUAUAGUUUAGUCACAGACCGUAUUUUAGAUCGUGAAAUGUUUUCUGAAUACAAUAUAACGAUCACAGCUACAGAUGAAGGAUCUCCAUCUUUAUCUACAAAUAAAACACUGAGGCUUAAAAUAUCGGAUGUGAACGACAACGCCCCUGUUUUCCAGCGUCACUCAUACACCGCUUAUGUGAUGGAAAAUAAUUCACCUGGAGUUUCUAUAUUUUCAGUAACAGCUACAGACAGAGACUCUGCUAAUAAUGCGCGCAUUUCUUAUUUUUUAGAAAAAUAUUCAAUUAAGACUUGA